GAGCGGGACAGCAAAGGUAUAAAUCCUGGAACUGUUUAGAUAUCACUGACCGGUUAUGUUAGCCGUGGCUGGGAAUUGAACUCGGAUUUUCCUGGUUCAUAGCACAGUGCGGUAAUUGCUGAGCUACUACUCCAUCCCAUUUAAAUAACUACUUUGGUCAAAUUUCAAACACUGGAAUAAUCCUCUGGUCGUAUAAGUAGAGGUGUUUCCCUCCCCCACUGGCAAGAUGGUUUCUCCAGGGUCAGGGUGUGUCCCCGUGUAACGCCACCCUUUCCGCCCCACCACGUGUGCUCGUCCGCACAGGUGGACUCCGGUUUGCUGAUGCUGUCUUGGCACAAAGGAGGGUCCCGUCGAACACAGAGGGGUGCCCUCUUGUACGGAAGGAUCCCCUGUGACAGGGGUCCUGUGUCUGGCUCCUCCGUUCUCAGCGACCGCUAUAUCCUUUCCACCAGCACGUGUGUCGCAUCCACCUUGGGGCAUACAGCCCAAUACCGAGGUACAGUGUGUUCUCAGAUUGACGCGGGCGGAUAUACUGUGUCCCAUACAUAUUAGAGUCUUAUGGGGAAAUAAUUGCAUUUGAACGGCGUGCAACGCAAAGGCUGACUUGUGAAACAUUACCUUGUGAUGUUCCACUUAAAAUGAUGCACAAACACAACAAAACGCUCAACAGAUCAAUAGCACUGCCUUAAAGGAAAUAUUUAAGAGGUGACGUUUUGGGGAAUGGCCUUUCGUCACAGCACGUAAUUGAGUGCUCCGAGGAAGGGCCGUUGCCCAAAACGUCGCGUAUAUGUGAUCUUGCCGAAUGUGAGGUUUUAUUUUGUGCCUCUUGUUGGCUGCGCAGAAGCGCCACGUGUUGGGCAGUCCCAGCUUUGCGAUGUAGUGUGUACAUUGGCAUUGAAUUUUGCGUUCCAAAAUCGGUUUUGUGAAUUCCGGUGUAUUAAUUUGUUUAGAUUAUAUAUACGGGGACUCUAUUUACGAACGAGUUAGGUUCCAAAGGUCUGUUCAUAAGUCGAUUUUUUCGUUAGUACAACUUCUGUCGAUUCCAAACAUGUUGUACGGCAUGUACGCUAAACAUGGGGAAUGGCUUUAAAAGUUGUAUAAUCUUCUGUAGAUGUAGACGCCACUGGUUCUUCAUGUUCUGCAGAUGUAGAUGCCACCACUGCCAUCUAUUGCGCAGCGGUUGAACUUUUACUACUCGUUCGUAUCUCUGAAAGUUCGUAAGUCGAAUGAAAGUUCGUAAGUAGAGGAGUCCCUUAUAUGAUUACAAGCCUUAAAUUUCAUACAUUUGGUCUUAAUGAAAAUAGCGGGGUCUUGAUUAAACAUUCUGGGGCACCCCACUCUUGAACCACCGAUUAGCACGGUUGGCUACACAUGGUGCGAAAGGAGUUCAGCUUACAUACAACCAGCCCGUAAUUUUGAGCAUAGUGUACCAUGACGGAGCCUCAGGUGCUUGGUUAACAACGAUCUUGCUUUUCAUCACCGCUCACGAGUUGUAGCGCUUUAGUGUAACAUGUGCUGUUGGGUGAGGUGAGCAGCAAGAGGGCAAGGCGGCACUUGUAUUCCCCAGUAACUCCUGGCCCAACCACUACCACCCCAGUCAGCGUGCAACGUUGGACCAACAGUUGACGUUGGGCCGAUGUUGCUUGUUUCCCGGGACCUCAUGAAAUGAGCCCCUGCCCUCCAACCAAAUCACCCUGAAUUGCGCCAAAGGUGCACACUUGGAAUUACAUAGAGAGAAAGAGUAAUGCACGGAUUAUAAAGCACAUGCAAAUUAGAGAUAGCAUCGUGUCUGCACGUUAAGAAAAGCGGGCUUUGGCAGGGCACGUCGGUAGAAGGUGGGAUGAUGGUCAAUGGUCGAGUCACAGCCAAAAAGUGGAAACACACUUGGGAUUUUGUGAUGAAAUCAGCUCAUGUGCAGAUGCUAUGUGUGGAUUGUUACAUCGUAGGACCGUAAGAGAUGUCGACAGCUUGGGGAAACGUUCCUCCAGUGAGUGGAUUGACAAUGACUGCUGCUGUUGAUGUCCCAUGCUGACACUGGUGUUUCCGCAUUUGAUAUUUGAUCAAUGCUGUCUGUCAGCGCCAUGUUCCCCACCCCUUGCUCGGUGGUUAGUGACGCCUGGCUGCCUCCCACGGUCAAACAGCGGCCAGGGAACAGUGCCAGCACUCGGGGGUCGAUGCUUGGGCCAUGCACCCAUUCUGUCUCUCGCCCGUUCCCGCCUCUCGCUCACACUCCGGCCCUCCUCUUGCGCACAUACUGAACGUGUUCUCUCGUCUCGUGGCAAUUCGCUUUUGUUUGUUUUUAAUUUGUGCAAAAAUUCGAUGGCAAAUUCUGCGGCGCGUGGGAGGGAUGGCCCGGCAACGCUCGGGGGUGACGGGAGUUGGCUGCAUACACACGGAGUGAGAUUCGGUAAAGGUGUACGUAGGAGCCAAGGUUAUUGAUGUCGCUGAGAUGGGAAGAAAUGUGCAACGUUUGGAGGAAAAUAGGCGACACAGUUGAAGCGGGAUCUCUAGCUCGGCUGUGUUGCUGAUGUCCUUUGCACCGUGUGAGAGAGUUUGUGGGAAUGCAUAACACGGACGGUAUACCAUGAAUGCCAGUGGCGAGUAUGCAAAUCGGUGGCGUCGCGUGAUUUGUGGCAUGGAACAUGGUACAAGGAAUUUAAUGUGGCGCACUUUCCAAUUCGCCCUGCUACCGCACUCUUUGGAACCGAGUGCUUGGGCCCCUCUGGCCCGUGGGCCCAGUGUAGUUGCACCACCUGCUAUAUACCGAGUGAUGGAAAUUCUAUAAUGCAUGUAACUCAACAUAACCUUAUUCCAAGCCUACACAUCAUUAAACAUGUUCAGCUAAAGUUACAUGAACAUACGCUCUAUAUAUCAGACAACAUAUUAUUGACUCUCAAAGAGUACAGAAAUUGCACAAACGUUUACGCUAAAGAGUAACGUAUACAUAUAAUUACAGGGAAUGACCUGGGUUAUUUACCGUACGGGUAACCUUGGAGGUACCCACGCGAAUAAGCUUGUAUGUGUCUGUGUGUGAUACAAUUGAAUGUGGUUUUACAUAAGGGUCUUAAAUAUGACCGCAUCUCAAGAAGCUGAACAGGCACAGUGGGCAUAUUUGUUGUAUCGAGGCAGCCAGUCUGUGAUGUUGAUUGAUGCUCAUUACAAAGUGUGUCAACAAGGAAUGUUCAACAAAUUAUAUUUUGCUGCUACGUUGGCAGUCGUGCACAGUAUAAAAGAAAACUCGACAUUGGUCAAUAAUGUGCUGUAAGGAAGGGCCAUUGCCUGACACUUCAACUAGGCCUGUAACAAUUCAGGCCCCUUUAUUUUUUAUAACCGUCAACAUUACAGUACAUAUUCGAUUCAAGAAUCGAUUCUUUUUGUUUCCUGUUUUCCAACCCGUUUAAUUGUCCUUAAGUGAAAGUAAUAUAUUUUCUCGCGUGGGAGUAGGGCCUCAUACAGCAUUGGAUUGGCAAAGGGUAGCUCGGCAUGUGCGCACAUGAUUAAUCGAUGCUUUGUGAGCCAACAGAGGCCGCUUCAGCACCCGAGCCGUGGACAGCGACUCCGCUUGCCACGCGGCGAGAGAGGGAGGAACACGUGGUCUCAUCGGCGUGGCCUCCGCUCACCACGGGGGAGGAGCUGCACUUCCUCCACUGCGGAGCACCGCUGUGGGGGAGCGCGCCAAAGCCACAGCCACCCGGUCGGGCCAUGCUGAGCCACACUGCUGUGGUUUAGCCACUCCCCGUCCGUCACCACAGGUUCGCACGCUGAGCAGCGACUGCCACAUCUGAUCUGAAGUGAGGACCCGGAGACAUUCAGUCUUCCCCAAGGGACGCCGUCGUCGGUCGCGUGUGGCGGCCACGCCAGGGGAGACGAGGGCUCGUCGCGAGGGCGCGCAGCGGCGAGGGCCGGCGACGGAAGGGAUGGGAGAGCCCUUCCAGCGCUGCACCGAGAAGCACAAGGACGACCGGGAGCACCUGGGCAAGAAAAUCCAGUGGGAGGUGGAGAAACCGCGGCACCUGGAUCGGCGGAGCGUGGCGUCGAGUGAGCCUACGAGGAGAGGAGAGAGGGAGGAACAGUGGAAAAAAAUAGCGGAGGGGGAGUUGAUGGAAGAAAAGAAAAAGAGAAAGCAAGAAGAGAAGAAAAAGAAGGAAUCCGCAUCUAAAAAGAUCUCCGAACAAAAAUCCAAAGUGCCAGAGCCGACAAAGACCAAACCAAACGCAACUCGACCCUGCGACCUGAGCAGCAGCAGUAGCGGGAGCAGUAUUGCAUCAGAGGAAAACAGCACUCCUGCGCUCGCCUGGCCCGGCAAUGCCAAGCAAUCCCCCGGCCACAGCGACACUUGGGCCGGGCAGCAGAAUCCACAGCAGCAGCAACAACUGCAGCAGCCACCUUCCACCGGCCGCUUUCCAUCCCGCGACCUUCCCCCUCGCUUCCGGCAGCUGGAGCCGAGACCGAGCGUGAGACGCGCAAAAGACGGGCUUUUCGAGGGACAGCCGCCGCCAGCAAAGUGCAACGGAGGUUCACGGCUCGGAGACACGAGUGCGGACCUAAGCUCCAGCAGUCUGGCGGCCCAGUAUGAGAGUCUGCGCUGGGACCGCUCAUCUCAGAACGGCCCGUCCUGCUCGCGCGUCGCUGUGACUCCGAGCCGGCUCGGCUGGGCGGCCCCCUUCUCUAAGGACUCUGAGGCGGCCUCAGCAGCAGCAACGACCACGACCUCACCGGAAUGCGCGACUGAUGCUAGCCGUGGCACAGAGAGCACCAGCAUGGCAUCAUCAGCUAAUCGCAAUGAAGGAGCAAGCUUGAACCAAUACAAUACCUCGAACGGCAACAGUGGUGGAACUAAGACUAACAGUAAUAAUAAUCACGGUACCAGCGGCAACGGUGCUCCUGGAAACUGGGACUUUGGGGCUAGGGUCGACGGGAAACACGACGGGGGGAGUAGGUCAUGGGGUAACGGAGGGGGCGGCACUCCCUCUCCGAGCGCCAAUUCGGCAGCGUGGCCUUCAGUGGGGGGCGAGGGGUCGGGCUUGAGCGCACCUGCGGCUGGUGCCGCCCAGAUGCACACUUCCUCCGCCGGGAACGGAAAUGGGGGCCACGGCGGCACGGGGCGCGGCGCUGUCAGCGGUUGGGGGAGCGGGGGACGAGGCCGCGAUCCCACCGGCCAAUCCGACGGGCCGCCCCGGGGUGGAGCCAUUGCCCCCGACAAUCACGGACCAAGCAACAGCGCCGGGCGCGAUGCCGGCACCAGAAACGCCGGCGGAUCGAGUGACGCGCCGAGCACGGGCGGCGGUUGGGGGCCAAGUUUGCCGCCGACCCAGGACGACCGGGACGGAGCCGCCAGCGGUGAUGGAGGCGUUGGGGGCUCUGGCUGGGGCUCUGCUCCCAAUUCGCAGGCCAUCGAAGCCAACGGAAGACCUUCCUCGGACGCCGGAAAAGACAUUUCGGACAAGAAUAAAUCCUCGGGCGGAGACUCCUGGGGAGAUGGUGGAGGCUGGGGCAGAGCCAAUCAGCCGAGUUCUGGUUUCAGCGGACCAAUUGAAAUGUGGGGCGGUGGCGGUGCAAACACCGGCGGUGGCGGCGGUGGCGGAGUUGUGGGCGAGUGGCGGAGCGGAGACUCGUCUAGCCAACAACAUUCCAGCAACAGCAAUGUUGGCAGCAACAAUGGCGGAGGCAACGGAGGAGGCAAUAACGGGGGUGGCGGAAAGUUUGGUUCCGGUGGCGGCGGUGGCAGCGGUGCGAUGUGGGGUGGUGGCAGCAGUGGAGGUGCUGGAGGUGCUGGUGGUCCUGGAGGUGGCGGUGGUGGUGGAGGAGGAGGAACAUCGGGCUCGGGCCCUGGCAGCGAAUGUGGGAACUCAUGGGGGGGUGGGAAACCCGGUGGGAACGGAGCCCACACUGGCAGCGAGGGCAGCUCGGACAGCAGUGGGGGCCGUGGUGGCGGUGGUGGCGGCCGGGGAGGGGACAGAGGCAGCGGUAGCGAGAGGGGGAGCGGUGGUGCUCCGGCACGGCGCGGCCGCCGCGGGAAGUAUGACACGCCGAUCGGCCUGGAGCCGGAACGGCCCGAGACCCUGCCCAUCCCUAAGGACGUAGACCCCCGCGUCCUGUCCAACGCUGGCUGGGGCCAAACACCCAUCAAGCAGAACACCCAGUGGGAUGUGGAGAAGUUUGAACGUGAGAAGGCCCAUGCCAAGCCCUCAGACGGCUGCGUAGAGCGAGCUGGUGGAGUUGGUGGCACCGCCCCUGGACCUGGCUGGGGUGGCGGUGUUGGCGGCGGCGGCGGCGGAGGUGGCGGAGGUGGCGGUGGUGGCGGUGGUGGUGGUGGUGAAGGAGGAGGCAGUCGAGGAGGCCAUCAUCACCCCCAGCACUCGGGCCCUGGUUGGGGAGCGAGCAAAGGCUGGGACAACAGGUGCGUCGUGCCCACAGCUGGGCCUUGUGUGCGCGCGGCGCAACCACGCGUUGGCUACGAUGAGGGCCCUGGCAGCUGGGGAGAUGGGCCCCCACGCAGGCCGCAGCAGGGUGGCUGGGGCGGAGGAGAUGGCCCCAAACAAGGUCCUGGUGGCGGCGCAGACAGGGGGGGAGGCUGGGGAGGCUCAGGUGGUGGAUGGGAGCAGCAGGCGCAGCCUGGCAUGACCCAGUGGGGGGGCGCGGAGCCAUCGAAGAGCAUGCCCCCUCAACCGUGGGAGGGGGGCGGCCCCGAGAGAAACUGGAACGGAGCCAAGGCUGGGCCUCACAACUGGAGUGGGGAGCCCAAGCACGGCUCUCGAGGACCACAGAGUUGGGAAGGUCCCCCCAAGCCAAACCUGCCGAUGUGGGCCGAAUCCUCCGACUUAGGCGGCCCUGGCUCUUGGGGUGGCCCUGGUGCCAUGGGUCCAGGCCCAGCAGGGCCAGGCGGUAUCCCGGGAGGGCCCAUUGGGCCAGGGGGCGGUCCUCUCGGCGGCGGCGGCGGUGGCGGCGGCGGCAACGGCGGCGGCGGUGGUGGUGGUGGUGGCGGCGGCGGUGGCGGUAGUGGUGGAGGGAAAACCAACGCUGGCUCCGGCUGGAUCGGAGGCCCGAUCCCGGCAGUGGCUCGGGAAACCGAGGCUGAGUCCAGUGGCUGGGAGGAGCCAUCACCCCCUUCACUGCGACGCAAGAAUGAGGUGGACGACGGCACGGCCGCGUGGGGCGACCCCACCGCCUACAACUACCGUGGUGUCAACAUGUGGGAGAAGGAGAACAUGGCGGCUGGAGGGGGCGGUGGCGGCGCUGGUGGGGGAGGGGGCGGCGGCCCCCCACCUGACCUGGGCAAGGAGAGAAAGUCUCCCAACGCCCCCAGCGGAUGGGGUGACUCGAAGACGGAUUCGGGCUCCUGGGGUGACCCCACAUCACCCGUAGACAACGGUACCUCGGCCUGGGGACGCCCCCGCGAGGGUGGCAAUGGGGGCGAAGGUGGACGAGGAGGGGGUGGCGUGGGUGGUGGGGGCCCAGGCGGCGGUGGCUGGGCCAACCCUGACUCCAGCUGGGGCGGACCCAGCAAACCAGGCGGCUGGGGCGGGAGCCGGGAAGACCCAGAUGCGCCAGGCAGCCGCCACUCGAGUUGGGAGGAGGAGGAUGGCAAUGAGAUUGGCGUGUGGCAUGGAGGGGGAGUACCCCCCCAGGAUGGGCCCUCAUAUGGCCCUGGCUCGAACAACUGGGGGGGUCCUGGUGGCAAGAGGCUUGGCCCCAAGGGACCCAUUAAGAACUCCACCCGGCAAGAGGAAGCCUGGGUGAACAGACUCAUUAAGCAGCUUACUGACAUUGGCUUCCCGCGAGAACCUGCGGAAGAGGCUCUGCGUGGAAACGGCAUGAAUGUGGACAAGGCCAUGAGCGCCCUCUUGGAUCGCAAGGGCGACCUUGACAAGCACCGACCCGAGUUCAACGGGGUCAUCGGCAAGGGCUUUCCGCCCCGCCCCAACGUGCACAAAGAGUCUUCCUUUGACCACCGUUCUUCCUUCUUCGACAAGCUGAGCCUGUCUCUAACCAAUCCGGACGGGGCAUUUUGUGACGAUUGCCCCGCCUCCCCGUUCCUGCCUUCCCCCGGUAUCAAACUACCCCAGGCCACCCCCCCUGCUCCUCCUGGUCAAUCGCUCGCCCCCCUCAGCCUAUCCAAUCAGAACCCUGCUUCUAAACAGAGUGGACUGGGCAUGAUGGGCGGGGGGGGAGCCCCCUCGCGGCUCCUGCAGCAGCCCCAGAGCCUCCCCCAGCCAGGGCUGCGGGCCCAGGUCCCUCCGGCCCACAUCCUGCCCACUCAGGUUCAAGCACAGCUGCUGCAGUAUGGCUUCAAGAACGGCACCCUGAACCCAGCCUUGCUUGCGCUCAUCCAACCCCAGAUGACCCCACAGCAGCUGAACCUUCUUAACCAGCUCACGCAGUUGCAAAUGGCGUACCAGAGAAUGCUCCUCCAGCAGCAGAUGCUUCAGCAGACCCAGAGGCACGUGUCGGCCCCCAUCCGGCACCAGCAGGAGCAGCAGGCGGCCCGCACCAUGAUGUCCAUGCAGCAGCAGAUCCACCAGCACCAGCGGCAGCUGGCGCAGAUGCUCGGCAUGAAGCAGCCACCCCCGCCCUCCGGUCCCCCGGGUCCGAGCGGCGGCACUGCCGGUGCCAGCGGUGGUGGUGGUGGCGGCGGCGGCCUUGCCGGCGGCGCGGGCCCACUAGGGCCCCCCCACCACCACCAGCCGCAGCACCCGCACCACGGCAGCACCAACAACCUCCACCACCAGCACCACCACCACCACCACCACCCACAGCACCACCACCAUCCAGGCCACAAGGCGGGCAUGCACGGGCACCCACACGGGCUCGGAGGCCCUGCCGACGGCCACGCCAAAGACGCGCAAGCGCCAGCUUCUUCCUCCAUGCCCAUGCAGCACGGGGGCUUCCCCAUGCCCUCACCUACUGGCCCACCCAGCUUCCCCAUCGGUGGCUCCUUGCCCAUGGGCGGCGUGGUGGGAGACCUGGGCAGCAAGGACCUUCCCCAAUCACGGUUGCAUCAGUGGACCAUGCAGCCCAGUGGAGGGCCCGACCCCUUCCCCGGGGGACCGGGAUCCCCUCUUGACCCCAACCCCUCCAAAUUCGGCCCUGGCUCAAUUCCCAUUGGACCGCCCCCAAAGCCCUCGCUGGAUGACGGCCCCUUCAAUCACUACGAUCUGGGCGGUGACCCCGUCAGACCGUCUGGUUCUCUGGGUGAUGGCUGGCCACGUGACAAGUCCCCAGGCGACAAGAUGGCAAAUGGGACCAACUCCAGCAUCAGCUGGCCACCAGAGUUCCGUCCAGGGGAGCCGUGGAAGGGCCUGCAGAACAUCGAUCCGGACAACGACCCAGACAUCACUCCAGGGAGUGUCAUCGGGUCUGGCCUCACCGUCAGCACCUCGAUGCGGGAUGUGGAUCGCUUUAUGCUGCGAGACAGAAACCCCGGUCCCUCGCCCUCUCUGAACACCGCGCUGCCUUCCUCUAGUGCCUGGUCCUACAGUGCCUCCAACACCAGUUAUGGUUAUAGCAGCCCGACACCUGCACUUAACUCCUCCGCCAAACCCGGUGGCGAGCUGAAGGGCAGCUCGUGGCCCGUCAGCAACACCCACACCCCCACCACGCUCACGCACGAGCUCUGGAAGGUGCCGCUCCCCACCAAGAACUCGACGGCUCCCUCGCGGCCCCCGCCGGGCCUCCCCAACCCCAAGAACCCCUCUCCGUGGGGCACGGGCGGAUCCCUUGGCCUAGCCGGGCCUGGCUGGGCUGCAGAAAGCAGUAGCUCUGGUCGAGCAAGCACCUGGCUGGUCCUGCGCAACCUUACCCCGCAGAUCGAUGGGUCGACUCUGAGGACUCUGUGCAUGCAGCACGGCCCCCUCACCACCUUCCAUCUGAACCUGCCGCACGGAAACGCGCUCGUCAAGUACAGCUCGCUGGAGGAGGCGGGCAAGGCUCAGAAAUCCCUGCACAUGUGCGUGCUGGGAAACACCACCAUUGUGGCGGAGUUUGCCAGUGAGGAGGAGAUAAGCCGCUAUUUCGCGCAGGGCCAAGCGUCGGCAUCCCCCGUCUCCUCCUGGCAGCAGCCUCGCUCAGGUGUGGGCUCGGGGCCGCACGGCUUCCCUCGAGGAUCUGCCCCCGGCUCCACCUCCGGGACGGGCACUUCCGUCGCAUCCUCUGGGUCGUCGGGCGCCCCAGGCGGGUCGGCCGCCGCCGCUGCCGGAGGUGGCGGCGGGGGCGGCUCGUCGGAGCUAGGCCACUGGGCGAGCCAGCCGGGUGAAGCGAGCUCCCUGUGGGGGCUCCCCCAGUACCCAAGCGGGGGGCUGUGGGGCACGGCCGGGGGUGAGGAGGGGCGCGGCAUCGCCAGCCCGUCCCCGCUGCUGCCCAACGACCUUCUCGGCAACGAAUCCAUGUGAUUGCAUCGCCACCUCUAACCUCAUCAGCACUAAUUGUGGAUACAUGUUUCGUUUAUUCUUUUUACUCUUCGUUUUUGCAUCGUGUCGUUCUUCUCAGCGUCCUGCCUGUGGCAAAAAGUGUCAUGUACAGGAAGGUGUUAUGGUGUUUGUGCAUGUUUUUAGAUUUUGAGGGUCAGGGGGACAAAAACUGUACGUUAUUAACCCAAAAAACAUAUCAAUUCAAAUACUUGAAUCGUACAAGCCAACAACAGUGAGAUGGGAAAAAAUGUGAAUUGGAAUUUGGUUAGUGUCAUCGCACUUCAGAGGAAGUGGGGUAGAUAUAAAUUGAAAAGAUUAUUCUAUAUAUAAAAACGAAAUAAUUGAAAGUUAAAUAUGCUAAAAUAAAAGUAUAUAUGUAUGAAUAUACAUACACAAUACAUUUCAUUCUCUACGUUGGUGUUACAUGUAAUGUGGGACUGUAGUGUUAUCUACACGUCUGAAGGUGGUGUCUAUAGAUAUAUUUUUUGUGUGUACUUGCUGGUCCGUGUUGAAUGGUGAGGCUUCUCUCUUUGCACUGAUUUUGUCGGUAGCACCUCCACUAUAAUGGAUUCCCGGUGUCCCUUUAAGAAAGGCAAUACCAGGGGGGGGAGGAGUUUCUUGGGGAAGGGCGGGGUAGGUAGUGGUCCGGGCACCUCUGCUGUGUCCACAGUUCACGUGUCCAUGUUUACUCAAGGAUGUACUUAUUACGAGCAUUAUUAUUACUGUCGUUAUUAUCGUUGUUUAUUUUCGACGCAAUGUGUGCCCUGCGAAAUAGUUGCAAAUAAUUGCUGAGACAGGCGCACGAUAGAAGCAUUGCGCCCCCUCUCUCUCUCUCGUGCUUUUCGAUGGACUCGUAUUAUUGUCGGUAAUCUUAAACGCCGUGACGUGCAGUGUUGCACCAUCUUUUUUUCUAGUUGCGUAUGGGGGGGGGGAAAAAAAAAAGUAUACAUUAUAGUCUAGUAUGUUACAAAAUAAAACUGAAAAAAAAUCUUAAACAAAAAAAAAUAACAAAAACCGUACAAAAAUAUUUUAAAAAUGAAAAAAACCGAAAAAAAUACACGUGGCGUCGUCGUGUGGUGAAAGCGGUGGGUAGCUGUGAUGCGUUUUAUUCCCAAAGCCUGCGAUAGUGCGGCUGUGUGGGGCCUACGUUCCAGUCGUACAAAUCACCGUCGUGUCAGGGCGUUGCUCCUUUUAUUGCCUUUUUCGGUUUUGCCAUAAAGUGACGCUAAAUCGCUGUGACUGACGCUAAAUCGCUGUGACUGACUCUUUAUGUCGAAAACUUUAUAUUUCCAAAGGCUUUACUAAACUUCAGAGGAGAACAUACAAUCAAAACUACGUUGCGGGUGACACUGGCGGAGGAGGGCGAUGAGCUUUUCACUGUUUAAGUGGACGUAAGAUGCAGUAGGGGGAAAAAAAAAAACAGCACUUCCAUUAACAAUGUGGGCAGCUUGUUUACUUGGAUCGUUGAGCGAGACGAUAUCGGCAUAAUCUCGUGAUGUAAAAUAGGGUUGUUUUAAUCACGAUUGGCUAAUCGCCAACCAAUUUACGCGAGUGGAGGUUAUAGAGAAACAGAAAAAAACGAUGCUUAAUAUUCGUGAGGUUUUUUUUUUAUGUUUAACUGUUGAGGGCGAGGCCUUUAUCUUAUAAACUCACCCGUGACCUCACUGUUCAACCGAUGCAUUUUCAUACGAGGGGCAGAGAGGCACAGGGUCAUGGCAUCUCUCAGCAAUAGUCCGCUUGGCGCGUGCACCGCUGAUCCCCCCCCCCCCCCGUCUGAACACAUCCCACCAGCAGCAAAGGGUUCACCUCCAGAGAUGCUAUCGAUGCUCGCUCGCGUACCUUCGUGCACAAAUGCAAUUGUUCGUUUUCUCCCAUUCCCAUUAUCAUCGCGGCUUGGACCUCUCUCUGCCUUUGACAGCAUCCCCACACAACUGGUGCUUGCUGUGCGUUCAGGCCUGGCAGGCGGAGGCGGUCCCGCCUUGGCACGACCCUGGGCCCUCGAUUUGGGCGCGCCGGAUUGGCACUUCGUAACGCAAUGCACUUUUUGGUCCUGUGACGAGCGCGCGUGCGCGUUCCUUCCGUCUCGCUGACAAGUGCCACCACGGUAUCUCUUGUGUCGUUAUUUCGGCGAAUCAUUUUUGUUUUUAUUAAUGCUGCCUCCGCCUUGCGAGGGAGGGAAAAUCGGGGGUUUGGGGGGAGGGGAAUGGGUGGGGGGGGGAUAUGGGGGGGGGAAGAUGCUUUUUGUGACGUUUAUGCAACCAUUGUGCUGCUGUGUGUUGGCAGCCACCGCCGACAUGACAACGGAGGCGGUAGCAUAUUGAAACAAUCCCAUUGGUAAUUGUGUUUUUUUAUGUUGAUUUGUUUUACCGCGAUAAUAAUGAUGGCCUUAGAAAUUUCAAAGCCACAACAGUACUGAGCGUUUGGGAGGGGGGGGGACAGUUUUUACAAUAGUGUGAUGUGAGUGAGGCACACAAACGUAUUUAGCUUCACGGUGCCGGCUCCUCUUGUGUUUCUUGGUUUAUCAAACCACUUGCGUUUCAGUACCAGGAUAUACAAAACUUAAAAGCCAGAGUGUGACGCAGCCCUCACAGGAGGAGGUGGUGGAGACUGGGUGGUGUUGGAGGUGCAUGCUUGGUGUGGCGUUUUAGCGAGUUAAUGUGAGCACUGAUUUUGGGGGAAAGGUGGAAAACUUGCACAUGUAGUCAAUGAUGAAUGGUGUACACUCAACUUCAUUGAGUUUACUUAGUUUUUUUCGCUCUUGCUAAAACUGCACAAAAGCAAUUAUGUUACGUUUUAUUUUCUUCUAAAUAUCGCAAGCAAUGUACUGAAACUUGUAGUGUAGACGAGAGAAAAACCGCGCAUUGUUCCCUGAGGAAGGAGGUGGGAAGAGGAGUGGUGGUUUGCACUUUCUUUUUUGAGAAUAAACACGACGUCACGUGGGGAGGGGGCUACGGUAUAUUUUGGGGAGUUCGUUUUAAGAAACAAGAAGCGGUACAUAAGGCCAAAAAAACGUUUUUUUCCUCUGUACAAAAAUAUAUAUCGCAUGUACGUGAAGUCGCACAACAAAGAGGACCCAUUAUUGAGUGUUUUUGUUUUGCCGUCCGCUGUGUAACGCUUUCCCAAGUGCUUCGGUGUCUGUGUGGGUCGUGACCCCGGCGCGAGUCCGCGUCGUGGGGGAGGGCAGGGGGUCAGGGGUCAAGGGGGCGGCUGUGGCGACGCCGUGAAGCUGCGUUGUGAACCACGGCUUGAUGUCGGAAAAUAAUCAACAGCACAAAAAAUAAGAAUAUUAAUAAAAACUAAAGUUUUAUCUAUGUUAUUUACAUUUAAAAAAAUGUACAAAAAAACAAAAAAAAGUUAGAGUGAAACUAAUGUUUUCGUUUGGUUCUGUGUUGAGAUGUGCACAAGGGUAGGAGUUAGAGGCGAGUGGAUUAUGGGUAGACACUAAGCCUGUAGCAUGGACCCAUGAUGCGUGUCGUUUUUAGCUCCAUUAGCUCUUAGAUAGCUGCCUUGCUUAACAUUGUUACAUGCAUAAAAUGUGAUCAGCCAAGGAUCAUUGACAUACUGUAUUAUGUAGUGGAUGUUACUUAAACGUAAGACGUGUACAGAAGUAACGCAAAUUCUGUAAGAGCGGGAAAAAAAUUUAAGUGAUUAUACGAUGACUUAAAAGGUGCCGGGGUUAGGCCAAGACCCCUCUGUUUACAACCUUUCAGGAGAACAUAAACAAAAAAAGUAAAUAAUUAAAAUACAAAAAAUAUCUAAAACAUUUAAAGUUUACUCUUCCAUCUGUGUAGACAUCGAAUGAAGACAGCGCUAUUUAUAAUACAACUUUUAAAAAAAGCUCUGGGAGUUACUUUAAUAGAAAAAAAAGAAAACCCAGUGGUCGUUUUAUUUCUCAUUUUGUUCUUUCAUUGUCACGAAAAGGAAAAAAGUUAAAGACAAAAAAAAUUAAGCACGGAUCUCAGGAAACCUAAGCAAGCUGAUUAAAAAAAAUAAUAAUCACGUUAUUGUGUACACUCUUAAGGGUCCUUAGCGGAACCAGUGUAGUGUUUUGAGCAGAAAGAAGUGCUGUUAUAUUUCCAGUGUGCUGCACAAUAUUGCGUAUCUUUUACCUUCAUCCAAAUGCGUUGAGUUUUUUGCUAUUUAGGGGGAGUGUGGGGGUGGAGGAGGGGUCGCGCGGGAGGGGUUCGAGGGGACCUUUCAGGUAGUUUGAGGAAUGCAAAUUGUUUGUAAAGGUGAUUCGUGUCGGAGUAGAGCGGUUAGGAAAAUAAUUAGAACAGCUGUCAACGUCGUAUACAGACAACCACCGAUGGCAUUCUUGCGGGAGUUUGGCGUUUUCUGUUUUUUUAUGGUUCGGAUCGUAUUUAUAACAAAACACGAUUUAAUAAAAAAAAUAAUUAAAAAAUAUCGUCGUGGUGUAAAUAGCAACAUUGUGAGGCCAAGUGCUCCUGUGUACAUAUUAGUAGUUUUGUGCGAGUUAAACUUUUGUUUGAGGGGAGCGAGAUAGUCAACCCUCCCCCCUUUCCCUCCACAAAUAUGUAAAAAAAAAUCUUAAUUCACCACUUGUCUUGUCCGGUGUCUCGACUCCUUUACUGCUAGCAUUUUACACAGUAUCGUACUGUUAAGUAUUCGGUAGCAGACUGGGUAAAAAAAAAAGGAAGUACAAUGAUAUAACAUAUGGGAACUCAUGUGUAAUUAAUAGAAUCGUCGGCGAUCAACUGCUGCCAAACGUGGGGUGGGUGUCGAUGUUAUUGGCGAGUGAGCUGGGCUCGUGGAGGUGUUGUGGGGGGCUGGGUGGGAUGUGGGGGUCGCUGUGCUUUCACUGUGCCGCCACCAUGUGUCUUGUACUACCACCGGAGCGGAGUGCCGAGUCCAGCACCGCCGGCUCGCUCUUUCGCGGCCGGCUCGCUCGCUCGCUCCUUACGAAUUCUGGUGGCGGGGGGGUGGGGGAGGCACCACACGCACGCCGCCUGUCCGUACCUGUACUACCUUAUUGCUUGCGGUCGCGACCGAUUUAACAAGAAAGAAAAUGUUAAUGCGUUAAUUGAUUUAUUUACGAUUUCACACGAACCCGAACGGCGACGGUGGGUGAUGGAGAAUUACACAGAGUUAGUGUGGAAAAGUUAACGGUGAAUUGUAAAGAAUAAAACUGAGUUUUUAUUUGUUAAAAAAAAACAUGUUUUUGUUUCUGCUGCGACCAGGCUGCGAAUGCGGGUGUCUUGAUGACUUGCAAGGGAGGGGGGGCCGUGGUUUUUUGUCCAGUUGCCUAUAUAGUAUUGAUGCUGGUUUCUAAGCAAAUGACAAUUAUAAUUAACGAAAAAUAAAUAACUAUGCAUUACUGAACUGUGGAGAGACAGCUCACUUUUGUGUUAAUCCUGUACCGGGAAAAGAAAAUAUAUAAAGAUGACUUUUAGGUCUUAGCGGGACGCAGCUUGGCGUGGUCUUUGUGUACGUCGUGUGUGUGAGAUAACAAAAAUAAGUGGCUUGCCCAAUACCUUUUACCUUCGUUUUAUCAACAGGUCACUUGGGGAUGUAACUGCUUGAAAAUGUGUUAUUUAAAGGUAGCUCUUCUCUUUUCACGUUAAUCGCACACUCGGUAUAACUCCAGACUACUGAAAUGAAGUGUAUAGUUUGUGCUUUCGUGUCAACAACCAGAACGCUCACCCUCCCUCCCCCCCCCAGCUGCCUGACAAACAUUUUUCAGCCUAUGGAGGCUCACGUGUGCUUUUAAUGGUUUUUUUUUCUCUUUUGAGUGUUUACACUUUUACACUUGUGUUUGUUUAACAGAGACACAUUUUUAUUUUUAAAAACAGAUUGGAUGUUUUUUUGUUGUUGCUGUGGUUCUGUGUUUGCGAUUCGGAACAAUGCCGUAUGAUUACCAUAUUUAUUGCAAUAGAAGAUGCCACGCGCACAGGUUGUGAGCGCCCUCCCCCCUUCUCGAAUUCAGGGUGCGUGGCGGCGGCGGCGGCACGAGAAACUUAUACUGUCAUGGUGCACUCAAGUUGUUUUUUUAUAUAUUCAAAGUAUUUAGUGACACAUUACGAUGUACUUAUUAUAAUUUGCAUAUUUGUUUUAAAAUGGGGGGGGGGGGGGAGAGAAAGCAGACCGCCAGUAUUUAAGGAAAGGUUAAAAGAGGACUGCAGAUUUCAAGGACGAAAUUGCGCAUCGUUUAUUUUUCCCAUCCUUUGUAGGACAGCCGUUUGUGUGCAGCAGCUGCGAGGAGAUAUGUUGAGGUGUGGCGGUGCAGGCCACAGGGCGGCCAGACACUCGCGCUCCCGUCACGUUAAGGGGGGGGGGGGGGGUAGGCAAGAGACUCGGGGAGCUUCUUGCAGAGAGGGGGCACACAACCUUCCACACCCCCCUCCCUCUCACAACCCGGUGCCCUCCCCCGCUCAGCCAGUGACGUUUUUAUUACGGGGCAGUGUUAAUAAACAAGGUGCAUGCAAUGCUAACACAGACCGCUGAUUGUAACACUUGGCUCUGCCAAAAAAAGUAAAAAAAAAUCAAGUUAAAGAAGGAGUUAAAUGUUUUAAUACAACAAAAAUAAGCAUAUCUAUUACAAUUAAUAUGGUAAGUACUUUGUAGCAGGGGGUGGGGGGGGGUGUGUCGGGAGCUUGGUAGUCGGUACCACGGCAAAGGUGGUGGUCGCUCCUGGGGGCAUUGGAGGAGUUAAAAUUUUUACUUGCAACACUGCGAAGUUGUGCUGCAGUUUGCUCGACACUGAAACAAACUUGAUUUCGUUACAGCUGUUUUAUUGUUUUUGUUGUUGGCGAAGUUGUCCUACGAAAAGGCACUCUGCCCAGCGGGCCACGCUUUGCUUUAUAAACCAAAAGGGUUAUUCAGUAGCAUUUUUCGCUGUCCUUGAUAACAAACAAAAACACGGGGAUAUGCAAUCGCAAAAUGUUUUUUUCCCUCCUAGUUUUGUUUUGUUUUUUGGGUCCUGCGUGUGAAAGUACCUUCGUUAUUUUGAAGAAUGUCUUAUAUGCAAACGAAAUACAAAUGCGUCAAAAAUAAGUGCUUUGCUGUUAAAAAGGAGAGUAAAUAAAUAAAUGCUGAAAAUACAAGCAAAGUGUUGGGGCCAUUGUGACAACAGGAAAAAAAACGCUUACAGUCACUUUUACUCGUUGUUCAAGCUACAAAAGCAAGAUCGACAUGUCAUCAGGUUUACGCCAUCCAGAGAGGAAGUUUAUAUAAUCUUAAAAAACUAAAAAAAAUCCAAUAAAAACACAAAGCAAAAAAAAUAUAUAGACAAGUUGUUACUGUGCUGUACGUCGCCCUGUACCGCGGACAAUGUGUGAGGAGCUAUUUAAAAAAAAGAAUAAUGAAAAUCUGUGCAAACAUUCGCGCAAGAGAUGUCGGCGGUCGGCUGCGGCGGCGUCAUUAGUUACCACGUGGUCAGGGUGCGCGCGUCGAGUGAGCAGCAGCAGCAGGAGUGGCGGCGACGAGGAGGAGGAGGGGGCACGGGGAAACUUUUGCAAUCGCAAGUGCUGUCUGUGACCUAAGAAACGGCAUUUAUAAUUUUUGGUGGCUUUUCCUUUAUUGUUAUAUUAUUUGUGUUUUUAAUUUCUUGAAAUACAAAUUGUCCUUCCUUUGAUAGAAUGUGAUUGUAAUACUGUAUCUGCUUUCACAAAUGUAUGGAGAUUACUGAAACCUUGAUGAUGCAUAAUAACUGAUAAUAAAAUGUCUGCUGCUCGGGA